AUACAAUCGACGUUCGAGAAAAUCGUACAAAAAAACGUCACGAUAUAACUUCGUGGGACGAUUUCACGCUCGCAAUAUUUCAGAAGAUCGUCCCGGUGUUCGAUUUUCGGGAUUGCGACUUUUCGAAAGAUGUUGCCCUUCUUUUCGAACCACGGGAUCUUGAUUUUUCGGAAUCACGCAUGCCCACCUCCGCGACUCGGCGUUUCGUAUUGAGGUGACGCUCGAUUCUCCCGCUAUACUUAGUUUCACUUCUAGCGCUUCGGGGAAAGCGCGGAAUAUUUGGAUCAUCCUGUAUACUAUAACUAUGACUAAUCGCGAUGGUCACACACGCGUCGGGCGAUCACACAUUUGCGCACCUCGCCACGCUCGCCGACGCGGACGAAUCCUGAGAAGAUCUUUUCGGCGCGGUGACUAAAGCGACGUGCGAAAGCGUAAUUGCGCGCGCCAUACGGAGCCGAUUAGCAUCCCGUGCGAGCGUCCACGUCGACUCGGCUCGUGUAAUAGUACAACGCUCGCUCCCGUGCAACCGUGCGCGUUUUGCAUCGAAGGACUCGAUUAAACGACGAAAGUCGAACGGAAAAGGCCGACGGGAAAAAACAAUAUUCUGUCCCCCGGAUAAGUGUACUGUCGUUCGUGAAUAUUCAUGGCGCGUGAGUCAGCAACUUCGGAAAAAUAUCACGGCGCGCUUAUCGAUCGCCGUUGAGAAUCCGUCUGUGCGUUUCUCCUACGCAUGCUAUGCACACUCGCGUAUGGUGAAGGUGAUUGAAUGCUCGAGGCGCGGGAGAGGGAAACGUCAAUCUAGCUUUAAGCCUUUGCAAAGAUUAAAAUUCGCAAAGAUAAAAUUAAGCGCAGAACGGCACGUACUGCCCUGGAGGUGGAAUGUCGGGUGGGAUGACAAGUCGCCGUAUAUACAGUGUGCUACGAUGCGGAUAUGCUGCAAUGACAAUAAUGAAAGACACAUGUGUAUUCUCGAAAGUGAUCCGUCGGGUGUAACUUUGCCGUUCUGUGCCUCGAUUGAUUCCGAGGAUGGGCCUGGACAUCUCCACGGCGUUCAAUCGUAUCAACGAGCUACAUUCGCGGGAGAUAAGGAGAGCUCUCGGUGAUUAUAUCGAACGUUAAGGACGUGUAAGAAACACUACGCGCCGGCCGAAAGUGUCGAGCCGAACCUGUUGUUGACAACGACGACGGCGAGCAUCAUGGUUAAACGAUUCCGAUGCAAUACGUUACGU